GGAGGAGAAACAAGCAAGGGCAAGAUAAUGUAGUGGGGCGUUUCGGGCCUCACCAGUGGCUGCGCUACAGGUGUAGAUGGGGGAUAUGCCAUUGUAGAUUAGGAGACAGCAGUUGGCAAUUCAUUAUUGGGUCAACCUACAGGGACAUGGGGUGUCGCAUCCUGCAAAGGGAUUUUACAGGCAUGCUGGGAACAUGAGCGAAGACAGAACACAAGCUUUAGAAGAAGAAUAACCAAGCAAGAACCGUGGUCAGACUAAUGGAAGGCGUGUCUUGUCACGGCAGACGAAUCGGGUGGUCAGGAUGGGGGAAGGGCCUGUUACCCCCUCAGCUGGGAUCACUCCAGUGCAGCAGAUGCUGGCCUCUGGCACUGGGGCGCUGCUCACAUCAGUGUUCGUCACACCACUGGACGUGGUGAAGAUAAGGCUGCAGGCCCAGCAAACACCAUUCUAUCAAGCUUUAGCUGCUGACUCUGCUUCAUGGAGUGGUGUAAUCCGCCCCUCCAAAUGGAAGUGCUUCCUGUAUUGUAAUGGCCUGAUGGAUCACAUCUAUGUGUGUCAGUAUGGGGCCAGCUGCACCAGCUGGUACAAAACACCAACCCACUUCAGUGGCACCCUGGAUGCUUUUGUGAAGAUCACGCGCAACGAGGGGGUCAGGUCUCUGUGGAGCGGGCUGCCUCCCACACUGGUGAUGGCGGUGCCUGCCACGGUCAUCUACUUCACCUGCUAUGACCAGCUCAGAGACUUACUGCGCUACGGCAUGGGGUUCCAAGGCAACUACAUCCCCCUGGUGGCUGGGGGUCUCGCUAGACUGGGAGCAGUGAGUGUGAUCAGCCCAUUAGAGCUGGUGCGUACCAAGAUGCAGUCCCGGAAGCUGACCUACAGCGAGCUGAGGGUGUGUAUCCGCUCUAGUGUUGCCCAGGAUGGCUGGCUGUCCCUGUGGAGGGGCUGGGGACCCACCGUCCUACGAGACGUCCCCUUCUCAGCCCUUUACUGGUUCAACUAUGAGCUGGUAAAGGCCCAGCUGUGUGAUCAGUACAAUGUGUCUCAGGCCACCUUCUCCAUCAGCUUCACAGCAGGGGCCAUCUCUGGAGCUGUGGCUGCCAUCAUGACUCUACCUUUUGACGUGGUGAAGACACGAAGACAGAUCCAACUGGGAGAGAUGGAGACACUGGGAGUCCCUGUGAAGAAUCACACAUCCACAUGGCAUAUCAUGAGGGGAAUUUGGGCUGAAUCGGGAUACAGGGGGCUCUUUGCAGGUUUCCUACCCAGGGUGAUCAAAGUUGCCCCAGCCUGUGCUGUCAUGAUCAGCACCUAUGAGUUUGGGAAAAUCUUCUUCCAGAAGAUAAACCUUGACCGGGAGCAACAGGCCUGCUGAGGGGCUGUGUGUGUGGAGAAGCAGGGUUGGCUACCUUCUUCUGGGGCAGAAUGGGAAGAGACUAUUAGCAGCAGCCAAUGCACAGGCUUUUUUGUCUGUUUUCUAGCCCUUUCUAUUGGCCCACAGGGAGGCUACUCCUACAACUGUGAAUACUGUCAUAAGUGUAUCCAUGAAUGUGUCCAUUAGUUAAAUUCAGAACUGUGGGGGAACGGCCCUGUGACCUGGCUUAUUCAGACUUUAGCAUGCUUUCCUUGCACGCUAAAAGGUGUUCAUAUUUGCUAGUACAGCCCCCUGCUGUUCAUACCUGGGAGAACACUUCUAACAACAACCCUAAAAAAACUGCAUGCAAAGUAAUCCAUUCAAUCAAGACCUUCCCUUCAACUAGUAGCCCAGACCAAAUGCAUGGCUGAGCUGAGAUGAGUGGAUAUUCUUAAUGUAGCAUUCUCUCAUAUUGAUUUGUCAUCUGACCAAUGGUAGCCUACUAUUCAAUGUCCAUUUUUGUGAUGGGAACAAAUACCAGGUGGGUUACCAUGGCUCAU